AUGCUUUGCUCCCUUAAAGAAGACUUGAAAUCCCUAGAAAUUAUACUAGCCAGCACUUCAACACGUCGAAAAGAAAUACUUGGAAACAUUGGUCUAAAGUUCUCCUCUGUUUGUCCUGAUGUUGAAGAGUCACUGCCUUCAGAAAACUUUCAAUUAAUACCAGCUCAUAUCGAAGCCAUAGCUAAACUUAAAGUGGAUGCAGUGGUGAAUACUUUGGAUAUCAGUAAACGUAACUAUGUAGUCAUAGGAGCAGAUACUGUGGUAUGUUUUGAAGGUUAUAUUUUUGGAAAACCAUCAAGUCACGUGGAUGCUGUAAAUACACUUAGUCGUUUGAGUGGAAAUGUUCACCAAGUGAUAACCGGUGUAUGUUUAAAGUGGAUUGUAUCUGGGAAAGAACAGAAAAUUGAUCAAUUUCAUGAAGUAACAAAUGUAAAGAUGAUUGAAUUAAGUCCUCUCAUUAUUGAGGGAUAUGUUCAGUCUGGAGAGCCAAUGGAUAAAGCUGGAGCUUAUGGUAUUCAGGGGUUAGGUUCAAGUUUAAUUGAGCGAAUCGAUGGAGAUUAUUUCAAUGUUGUUGGUUUACCUGUCUGUCGACUUUGCAAGUACUUAAAAGCUGGAUGUGAAGAAAUAGUGUCUAAAUUGUCAGACGCAUAA